GCUCGGCGCUGACUCCGCCGCACGCUGCAGCCGCGGCUGGAAGAUGGCGGGGAACGACUGCGGCGCGCUGCUGGACGAAGAGCUUUCCUCCUUCUUCCUCAACUAUCUCGCCGACACGCAGGGUGGGGGGUCCGGGGAGGAGCAACUCUGCGCUGACUUUCCUGAGCUUGACCUCUCCCAGCUGGAUGCCAGCGACUUUGACUCAGCCACCUGCUUCGGGGAGCUGCAGUGGUGCCCAGAGAACUCGGAGACUGAACCCAGCCAGUACAGCCCUGACGACUCCGAGCUCUUCCAGAUCAUCGACAGUGAGAAUGAGGCCCUCCUGGCAGCACUCACCAGGACCCUGGACGACAUCCCUGAAGAUGACGUGGGUCUGGCUGCCUUCCCGGCUCUGGACGGGGAAGACGCGCCGUCCCGCACUUCGGCUUCGCCCACCCCCUCCUCUGCACCUCCCAGCCCCAGCCCCUCGCUGGAGAGGCCCCAGGCCCCCGCGCCUGAAGUGGACGAGCUCUCGCUGCUGCAAAAACUCCUCCUCGCCACGUCCCACCCGACUUCAAGCUCUGACACGCAGAAGGAAGGGACCGCCUGGCGCCAGGCAGGCCUCAGGUCCAGGAACCAGCGGCCCUGUGUCAAGGUGGACGGCACCCAAGACAAGAGGGCCCCCACGAUGCAGUCUCAGAGCCGGAGUUGUACCGAACUGCAUAAGCACCUCACUUCAGUGUCAUCCUGCCCCCAGACUGCAGCCCGCUCCCCAGACAGGGGCGUGUGGCCCCCACCCGCCCUGAGUCCCCAGCUUCCUGCCAAGGAGGAGGAGGAGGAAGCUGGGGAGGACUGCCCGAGCCCCCAGCCAGCUCCAGCCUCGCCCCAGGCCUCCUCAGUACUGGGUGGAGCGGGCCCGGGCGCCCAGGGCUCCCGGGACGACACGCAGGCCAUGGUGCAGCUCAUUCACUACAUGCAUACGUACUGCCUGCCCCAAAGGAAGCUGCCCCCCCAGGCCCCAGAGCCAGCCUCCCAGCCCUGCGGCAGCCCCUCCACACAGGCCAAGCCCCAGCCCCGGUCCCAGCACCCUUCCAAAGGCUCCUGGGCAGAAUUCUCCAUCCUGAGGGAACUUCUGGCUCAAGAUGUCCUCUGUGAUGUCAGCAAACCUUACCGCCUGGCCACACCUGUCUAUGCCUCCCUCACGCCCCGCCCCAGGCCCAGGCCCCCCAAAGACAGCCAGGCCUCCCCUGGCCACCCGUCCCCCGUGGAGGAGGUGAGGAUCACAGCUUCGCCCAGGAGCACUGGGCCCAGACCCAGCCUGCGCCCCUUGCGCCUUGCGGUGAAAGGACACGCUAGCCGGUCAGCCAGGCUGCGGCGGGAGGAGGAAGACGAGGAGGAGGAGGAAGAGGAGGAGGAAGAGGAGGAGGAGGAAUGGGGCCGGAAAAGACCGGGCCGAGGUCUGCCAUGGACCAAGCUGGGGAGGAAGCUGGAGAAUGUGGUGUGCCCCGUGCGGCGCUCCAGGAGACUGAACCCGGAGCUGGGGCCCUGGCUGGCAUUCUCCGAUGAGUCUCUGGUCCCUGUGGAGCCCCAAGGAGCUCUGCCGUCACUGCGCCUGGCUCCGGAGGCCUACAACAUGGAGGGGGCACUGGGCAGCCCCACGGACGAGGACAGUGGCCAAGACCAGCAGCUCCCACGGGGACCCCAGAUCCCGGCUCUGGAGAGCCCCUGUGAGAGUGGGUGUGGGGACACGGAUGAGGACCCCAGCUGCCCACGGCUCCCUUCCAGAGACUCUCCCAGGUGCCUCAUGCUGGCCUUGUCACAAAGUGACCCUCCUUUUGGCAGGAAGAGCUUUGAGCAGACCUUGACAGUGGAGCUCUGUGGCACCGCAGGACUCACCCCACCCACCACACCUCCAUAUAAGCCCACAGAGGAGGACCCCUUCAAGCCAGACAUCAAACACAGCCCAGGCAAAGACAGAGCUCCCAGCCUCCCCAGCCUGGAGAGUCUCCAGCUUGGGGCCACCACGGCGGCUGCCCACAAGCUGCCAAAGAAGCACCCAGAACGGAGUGAGCUCCUGUCCCACCUGCGGCAUGCUUCAGCCCAGCCAGCCUCCCAGACAGGUCAGAAGCGCCCCUUCUCCUGUUCCUUUGGAGACCACGAUUACUGCCAGGUGCUCAAGCCAGAAGGCACCCUGCAGAGGAAGGUGCUGAGGUCCUGGGAGCCAUCUGGGGUCCACCUUGAGGGCUGGCCCCAACAGGGUGCCCCACGGGCUGAGGAGCAGGCCUCCGACAGGGAGGAAGACAGAAGCUGUGACAGCGGUGCCCCCGCCAAGGACAGUGUGCUACUGAGAGACCACGAGAUCCGUGCCAGCCUCACCAAACACUUUGGGCUCCUAGAGACCGCCCUGGAGGACGAAGACCUGGCCUCCUGUAAAAGUCCCGAAUACGACACGGUCUUUGAGGACAGCAGCAGCAGCAGUGGUGAGAGCAGCUUCCUCUUGGAGGAGGAGGAGGAGGAGGAGGAGGAGGACGAUGAUGAAGAGGACUCGGGGGUCAGUCCCCCUCGAUCUGACCACUGCCCCUACCAGAGCCCACCAAGCAAGGCCGGUCGGCAGCUCUGUUCCCGCAGCCGUUCCAGCUCUGGUUCCUCCUCCUGCCGCUCCCGGUCACCAGCCACUCGAAGGACCUUCAGAUGUGAGAGCAGAGGGCCGUGUUCAGACGGAACGCCAAGCGUCCGGCACGCCAGGAAGCGGCGGGAAAAGGCCAUUGGCGAAGGCCGUGUGGUGUAUGUUCGGAAUCUCUCCAGUGACAUGAGCUCCCGAGAGCUGAAGAGGCGCUUUGAAGUGUUUGGUGAGAUUGUGGAGUGCCAGGUGCUGACCAGAAGCAAGAGAGGCGAGAAGUACGGCUUCAUCACCUACCGGUGUUCUGAGCACGCAGCCCUAUCUCUGAGGAAGGGUGCUGCCCUGCGGAAGCGCCAUGAGCCCUCCUUCCAGCUGAGCUGCGGGGGCCUCCCGCACUUCUGCCGACCCAGACACACUGACUAUGAUUCCAAUUCAGAAGAGGCCCUCCCUGCGUCCAUGAAAAACAAGUACGAAGCCAUGGAUUUUGACAGCUUACUGAAGGAGGCCCAGCAGAGCCUGCAUUGAUAACAGCCUUAACCUUCGAGGAAUACCUCAAUACCUCAGACAAGGCCCUUCCAAUAUGUUUACGUUUUCAAAGAAAUUAAGUAUACGAGAAGGCCAGAGCGCGAGCGCGUGAGAGAGAGAGAGAGAGAGAGAGAGAGAGACUUGAAACUGCUGUCCUUUUAAAAAAAAAAACAAAUCAAUGUUUACAUUGAACAAAGCUGCUUCUGUCUGUGAGUUUCCAUGAUGUUGACGUCCCACUGCCACUGUAGCGUCCUCGCUUCCGGCGGGCGGCCCCGGGCGCGCCUCCCAGUGCUGGGUCAGUCCCCCACGUCCCUUAUCUCCCUGACCGACUUCCCUCGUAGACGUGCAGCCGUGUUCACCCUAACAUUUCUUGUCCGUAGUAUGUGAUGAUGAAAUUGUUACUCGUGAAUAGAAUCAGGAUUAUAUGCUCAUUUUUAAUUGAAGAAAAAAAAUAUAUCCUUCAAAUAAUGUAUUUAUGGCUCAGAUGUACUGUGCCUGGGAUUAUUGUAUUGCUUCCUUGAUUUUUUAACUAUGCACUGUUGUGAGGUGUUUGCCACUGAGCUGCUCUGCUUCCUCUGCCAGAAAGCCCUAGAGGUGCUGGGUGGCUGGUGGGUUGGUCCCCAGGGCAGUGUGACCCGCAGCCACAACUCGGAGCAGUGGAGAGAGGCUUCUGAGACUUGCCUGCCAAGCUCUGCCCUGAGUCAAACUGAGUAUGCGCAGGUCCAGUUCCAGUCAGAACCCUCACUGGGUGCCAGCUGGUGCUCACAACUUGGGCCUGGCUUGGAGUGCUGGGAUCCUGGUAGACCUCAUAAGGCAGGCAGGGUGAGUCUUCUGAUCCUUGUUUUUCCAGGUGAGGCGGGCAGUGCCCCAAGAGGUGAUGGGCCUUGCCUGAGGUCCCACAGCCAGUGACGAGGCAGAGCAGUGACCCAGCCUAGGCCUCCUGAUUACUGAUCCCAUGCUGCUGCAGUAGCUUUGGGUAAAAAGGCACAGUUUCAGGGGCUGGUAGAGGUGAGGCCAGCUAUGCUGGGCCACAGGCUAGAGGCCUCUGGGCUUACUUGGAGGGUUAAGUCAGCAGCUGGCUCCCCAGCAUUAGGCAGGUUUAGGCUCAGCGUGCGUCUUGACCUAGAGGGUUCUGUGGUUUGCCUACACCUGUGGACAUGCCACCAGAGCUUUAGUGACACACCUGGAGUGGCACAGGCAGGUGAUCAGGGAACAGUCAUCCUUCUGGGGCCAGCCACGAACCCAUCGUCCUUCUACCAGCUCAUCUUUCCCAUUCCUUCACCUG